AAGAGAUCCUUUUGGUAAACAACAGCCAUUACAAUUCUACUACAUUCCGACUAAAAGAAAACAAGAUAGCUUGCCAAAAUGGCGAGUCAAAAGUUUGACCCUGACAGCGAUAUUCCGAGCCUUUCAGGCAAGGUCAUUCUUGUGACUGGUGGCAAUAUCGGCCUCGGGCAGGAAUCCAUUCUGCAAUUGGCCAAACAUGAUCCAAAACGCAUAUACCUCGCAGCGCGCAGCGAAGAAAAGGCCCGAAAGGCAAUGGAAGCUAUUGAACAAAAGAUAGGCGCCGCAAAAUCCUCGGUCAUCACAUUUCUGCCGCUCGAUUUGGGCUCGUUCGAUAGCGUCCGUAAGGCCGCCGACACGGUCAAGUCGCAAACAGACGAGCUCCACAUCCUGCUUAACAACGCAGGCAUUAUGAUGACGCCGGCCGCCAAAACUAAGGACGGUUACGAGGAACAGUUUGGUGUUAACCACAUGGGCCAUGCAUUGCUUACCCGCCUGCUGCUUCCGCUGCUCGAAAAAACUGCCAAGAGUGGCGCUGACGUCCGCAUCGUCAACCUCUCAUCGUCCGGUGAGAUGCUGGCCGCCACCGAUUGUUUUAAGGACAUGUCGAGGUACAAGACCACCAUGGAGGAUGUGCAAACGGUUAAACGAUACGGUGCGGCUAAGCUGGCCAACGUCUACCACGCGCAAAUGCUCGCGCAGAAAUACCCCAGCAUCAAGGCUGUAUCGCUCCACCCGGGGGUUGUUAAGACCAACCUGAUGUCGCGUAUGAAGGAGAGCUGGCCCAUAUUAGGACCGAUCGUUUCUUCAAUCAUCAGCAACGUCUUUUGCACAUCUGUAGCAGACGGCGUCAGGAACCAGCUUUGGGCGGCCGUAAGCAAUGAUGUUGUUAGUGGCGAGUUUUACCACCCCGUCGGCCUCUUGGGUAAGGGCUCGCCGGCGACUAAGAAGGUGAAGGAGGCUGAAAAUUUGUGGGAGUGGACCGAGAAGGAAUUGGAUGCGUAUUUGAACAAGUGAGGCUACUUGGUAGGGGAGAG